AUGCAGGAGUGUGAUGAUGAUGAUGAUGAUGAUGAUGAUGGAGAUCAGUGCAGGAGUGUUAUGUUGGAUACAUUUAAAGUUACAGUGCUGCAGGAGGGAGAUCAUCGCGCGCGGACACAGAGCGCGCUAUGGACGGUGCGCGCGGGCUGCCGGGGGUUCCGUGACAAGCUCGCACGCGCGGUGUGGAGGAUGCCGGUGCUGCGCUUGAGCGUGUUGACGGUGCUGUUCUGUCUGCGAUUGGUUGGUGCUCUGCAGAUUCAGUGUUAUCAGUGUGAGGAAAUUCGGCAAGAUGAUUGCUCAUCUCCAGAGUUCAUCGUUAACUGCACUGUUAAUGUACAGGACAUGUGCCAAAAGGAAGUACUCGUCAUGGAGGACGGUAUACACUACAGGAAGUCAUGUGCAUCGUCUGGGGCAUGUCUGAUUGCAUCAUCAGGGUAUCAGCAGUUCUGUACAGGGAAGCUCAACUCCGUCUGCAUCACCUGCUGUAACACACCGCUGUGUAAUGGCCCACGCCACAGACGCCGCCCACCCGGGUCACCUGCCCCACCCCUCCCCCUAUUACCCCUCUCACUACUGCUCAGCUCUGCCCUCCUCUCACUGUCUCUCUCUCUAUCUGUCUCUCCAUCUGUCUGUCUGAGUAAUAACACACACCAUGUGAUAAACACGAAGGUUGAAGUUGAUCUGAAAAACUAG